AUGGAUGACAUACUUUAAGAUGGAAAUAAUAUCUUCGCAGCUGGAUAUUGUCUAUAUGGCUCUUCUACGCAUUUUAUACUGGCCACAAGGGAAAAUAUUAAUGGGUUUUCGUUAGAUCCUUAAAUCAAAGAGUUUAUUUUAACACAUGAAGAUGUUAAAACUCCAGAUAAAGGAACUGUUUAUUCAAUAAAUGAAGGUAAUUCAACUUUUUGGGAUGAUUCGAUUAAAGAAUAUAUAAAUUCGAAGAAAUUUUCGAUUUCUCCUGAAAAAUAUUAAUUGAGAUAUGUAGGAUCUAUGGUAUGUGAUAUACAUAGAACUCUUUUUUAUGGAGGAAUAUAUUUAUAUCCUGCUGAUAAAAGAAGUCCGUUAGGAAAACUUAAAAUUUUAUUUGAAUGUUUUCCUAUUUCUUUUAUUAUUUAAAAAGCAGGAGGUAAAGCUAUUACAGGAGAUGGGGAGAUACUCGAUGUUAAACCAAAAAAUUUACAUUAAAGAUCAGGACUAAUUUGUGGAUCAAUACAGGAUGUUUAAGAAAUUGAAUAAAUUUAUAAAUCUCAUAAAAAUUGA